GGUCAUGUGUUAGUAUUCAAAAGAAAGGAGACUAACAAGGGCCAAGGAAGAAUUGAAGAAACACACAAAAACAUUAACUUCUCAAGUGAAUGGAGUCACGCCUUCUGCCAAUAUUUCUGGUGGCUCUUUCAUUCUCACCAUUUGUUCAAUCCUUGGUGCGUCAUUACAAGUUUAGUGUGAUCUUGAAGAAUACCACACAGCUUUGCUCCACGAAAUCAUUUGUCACAGUCAAUGGACAAUGUCCAGGGCCAACUCUCUAUGCAAGGGAAGAUGAUACUGUACUUGUAAGGGUCACUAACCAUGUUAAGUACAAUAUUACAAUCCACUGGCAUGGAAUCAAACAGCUUCGAAAUGGAUGGUCUGAUGGGCCAGCAUAUGUCACUCAAUGUCCGAUUCAGCCAGGGCAGAGCUUUGUCUACAACUUCACCAUCACAGGUCAAAGAGGCACACUUCUCUGGCAUGCACACAUCACUUGGCUAAGAGCCACAGUGUAUGGUGCCAUUGUUAUAUUACCUAAACGAGGCAUUUCUUAUCCAUUUCCCAAACCAGAUAAAGAAAAGAUAAUCAUUCUUGGUGAAUGGUGGAAAUCAGACGUUGAAGCAGUGCUGAAUCAGGCUGAAAGUUCUGGUCUGCCACCCAACAUAUCAGAUGCUCAUACCAUCAAUGGUCAUACAGGACCACUUCCCGGUUGCAAUUCUAGGGGUUACACUCUACAUGUCGAAAGUGGCAAGACCUAUCUUCUGCGCAUCAUAAACGCUGCCUUGAACGAUGAACUCUUCUUCAAAAUUGCGGGGCACAAGCUGACAGUGGUUGAAGCAGAUGCAUCCUACGUUAAACCUUUUGAGACAGACACAAUAUUCAUGAGCCCUGGCCAAACCACCAAUGUCCUAUUAUCCGCCGACCAAGGUGUUGGCAAGUACUUAAUAGCAGUUACUCCAUUCAUGGAUGCCCCCAUAGGCUUCGACAACGUUACUUCCAUUGCUACACUUCGCUACAAAACCACACCACCUUAUCCCACAACAACUCUGACCACCAUUCCUGCACUGAAUGCAACUCCUUUAACAACUCACUUCAUCGAUUCCCUUAGAAGCCUUAACACCAAAGAAUACCCUGCAAGAGUUCCAUUAACCGUCGACCACUCCCUUUUCUUUGCCAUAACCGUUGGCCUUAAUCCAUGCGACACGUGUCUCACCGGGAGCAGGCUUGUCUCUGCUAUUAACAACAUCACCUUUUUGUUGCCGACAACAUCACUUCUUGAAGCACAUUACUACAACGUCAGGGGUGUUUUCACAGAUGAUUUCCCUGCAUACCCUCCUAUUGUUUUCAAUUAUACUGGUACUCAACCGGUUAAUAUUCAGACCAACAAUGGCACAAGACUGUACAGAUUGAAUUUCAAUUCAACUGUUGAAAUUAUUCUCCAGGGCACUGCAAUGAUAGCUCCAGAAAAUCACCCCUUUCAUUUGCAUGGCUACAAUUUCUUUGUUGUAGGGCAGGGGCUAGGGAACUUUGAUCCAGAGAAGGAUCCGUUAGCCUUUAAUCUUGUUGACCCAGUUGAGAGAAACACCAUUGGGGUACCCAAUGGUGGAUGGGCAGCAAUUAGAUUCAGGGCAAAUAACCCAGGUGUUUGGUUCCUGCAUUGCCACUUAGAAGUACACACCACAUGGGGACUUAAGAUGGCAUUCAUAGUAGACAACGGCAACGGUCCCAACGAGUCCCCGUUUCCACCUCCCAACGACCUUCCAAAGUGCUAAAGUUUAUCACGUAAAAGGAACGAAAUUUGGAAUCUGAGAGACAACAAGAGUGUACAUUAUUACACUGGAGAGGUGAUGUUACCACCCAAGGGGGAACACAUCAAGUUCUUUAUGGCUGUUUCUGAAGUUGGAUUUGUAGCAGAGAUCAAUAAAAUACUUGCUGUAGAUAAUUCAGAGCUUUUUGUUUUUCUAUUGUCAGUUUGGGGUUCAUAAAAUGUGAUGAAUGUGCUUUGAUGAAACUUCAAAUUGUUCAAAUGGCUUUUCUAGAAUGUUCAUAUUAAUUUUUUCUUA